AUGUCCGCACAAAGUAAGCGAGAACUGACCCCAGACAUUGUGAAGGCUGCAUUAUAUGGUCCUGCUUCAGCUAAAAUUCCUGCUCCCCAGAUAAAUUUUGCAGCCACACCUGCUGCAUCAAGUCCUAUGCCAGGUACACCUGUCCCACAGUUGAGUGGUACCACCCUAAUGCCUUCCCAAAAUAUUGGUGUCAGAGGGCCACAGGUAUCUGCAAAUCCAAGCAUGGGCCAACAGUUUUUUCCUCCUCAGCAAAAUCACCUGGGAAAACCACCUCGACCCAUGCCUCCUAGUACUGCAUUUCACCCGCAGCAGGGUGUUCCAAGUCAAGGAAUGUCUGGUGUAGGUACUAUGACAGCUCCUCCUUCAAGUACAAACAUCUCCACUGGUUGGGUUGGUGGAAGGACAGGUGGCCCCCCUGCAGGAGUGGCUCAAAUUCCUAACAGUGGGAUUACUCCAUCCAUAACUCAGGAUGGAUUUGGGAUGGCAGCACCAGGUAUGACAACCUCACAACCUAGACCGCAUGCAACCACUGGGUUGAUGCCUCCUGCUGCACCAAAACCACAUGACCCAACUUUGCCGUCCUCCCAGGUGGGAGCUGAGGAUUCUAAAGCACUGGCUGUUUCAGAAAAUGGGUUUGCAUCUGACUCUGUUUUUGGAGAUGUAUUUUCUGUAACCUCGUCUCAACCAACACAAGAUUCAUCAGCACCUGAAUCUUCUGCCAGCAACUUGCCUGUUUCAUCAGCUAUUGUUCCAACAUCUACUGGAUCUCAAUCUACAGCUAGGCCAAGCCCACUUGGAUCCUUACAAACUGCAUUUUCUCAGCAAUCUGUGGGCAGUCAGCCCCAGCAAGUGCAGCCAACUGUCAAAGGAAUCCAACAAGCUUCUGUGCAGAGUUCGACAGCCUUCAGUUCUGCUAGUGCUGGUUUUCCAGUUGGAGCUGGAAAUUCUGCUUCUGACCAAUCCCAGAUUCCAUGGCCAAGGAUGACUCAGUCUGAUGUUCAGAAGUACACCAAAGUAUUUGUGGAAGUAGACAUAGAUAGAGAUGGAAAAGUAACUGGUGAACAGGCACGCAACCUGUUCUUAAGUUGGAGGCUGCCACGAGAGGUCUUGAAGCAGGUUUGGGACUUAUCUGAUCAAGAUAAUGAUAGCAUGCUUUCUUUGAGAGAAUUCUGUAUUGCGGUGUAUUUGAUGGAACGGUAUAGGGAAGGCCGCCCUCUUCCUAGAACACUUCCAAGUGGUAUUAUGUUUAAUGAGACACUAUUGCCUGCCUCUGGCCAACCUGCUGCAGCUUAUGGCAGUGCAACUUGGAGACCUACCCCUGGUUUGCAACAGGCUCAAGUGAUGCCUGGUGCACAGCCAGCUACUCCUGCUGGUAGAGCAAGACCACCAAAUCAAGCUUCUGUUCCUCUGCCAGAUGAAGCCAUGCAGCCUACUCUGCAGAAGUCCAAAGUUCCAGUUCUGGAGAAGCAUCUUCUGAACCAGCUAAGUGAAGAGGAGCAGAAUUCACUUAACUCAAAGUUCCAAGAGGCAACUGAGGCAAAUAAAAAG